GCUUCUUCUUGAUUUCUCAUCACCAUUGCAAAAAACUACAGGCCAUUUCUCACCACAACAACACAAACGAACACACUCCUCUCUCUUCCCCUCUACAAAUUUCUCUUUCCUUCACUCACUUACCGUCCUCCGUAGCCGUCUCUCUUAUCGGCUUUUCCACUUCACAGCUCUACCUCUUCGAUUUUGGCGAUGGCUUCAUCAAUAUCGCCUCCGUCUCCGCACAACCUCGCCUUCUCGUCGCGAAAGUUCGCCUCGGUUAAGAGGCCGUUAGCCGUUAGGCCUCCCGAUUCCGGCCUAUGUCGCUGCACUAGCGGUAAUUCUUCUUCCUCCUCCUCUGAUAACAAUCCGUCGUUGUUUCACCGCCGAUGGGAUUCGGCCAUCCAAGAUGUGCUGAGGAAUGCUAUCAAGCGCUUCGAUUCCUAUCUCAAUUUGAGUUGGAAACAAUCUGGCGAUUCCCCGAACAGCCGCGUUAUAGAGAGGCAUAGGGCUAACUCGGAUAAGGCCGAUGAUGAGGAGUGGGAUUGGAAUCGUUGGAAGAAGCAUUUCGAGCAAGUUGACGAACAGGAGCGCUUGGUUUCCGUUUUGAAGUCACGGCUAAGUGAUGCUGUCCGUAGUGAGGAUUAUGAAGAUGCUGCCAGGCUAAAGGUAGCAAUUGCAGCAGCGGCUACAAGUGACACUGUUGGUAGAGUGAUAUCUCGUCUAAAUAGAGCUGUGGUCGAAGAGCGCUACCAGGAUGCAGCAUUUUUACGAGAUAAAGCUGGUGCCGGAUUGGUGGGAUGGUGGGCUGGUCUUUCAGAAGAUAUAAAGGAUCCUCAUGGUCUAAUUAUACGAAUAACUGCAGAGCAUGGAAAAUACGUGGCGAGGAGUUAUAGUCCUCGGCAGCUUGCUACAGCUACAGUAGGUGCUCCACUUUUCGAGAUAUUCCUUGUAAUAGAUAAGAAAGGUGAAUACAAACAGCAGGCUGUCUAUUUAAAAAGGAGGGGGCUUUUUCAAGAUCCUUCAACAGUGUUCUCCAAUGAAUUGGGUGCUUCCAGCCACUUGAAUCCAUCAGGGACAACUGAAGAAACAAAAGAUCUGUUUGUUGGGGGAACUGAAACUGCAGAAGAUACUGAUGAUAUAGAUGAUGGCUCUGAUCUUGCAGGACUGUCUGGUUUUCAGAAUAUAUUACGAGAUAUGAUUCCUGGUGUAAAGGUCAAGAUAUUGAAAGUGACCACUCCUGAGAAAGUUGACCCGGAUUUUAUAUCCAAGGUAAUUGAGCAGAUAAUGGAUGAAGAAGACGAAGGAGUGGCAUUUCAAGCGAAGGUUGGGAAAAGGUACCAGCUUCCUCAUAAAGGGAUCAUUCCUGAAGAGUUUGGAGUGGUUGCUACAUAUAAAGGACAAGGAAGGCUUGCUGAGCCAGGGUUUCGGAAUCCACGAUGGGUUGAUGGUGAACUCGAUAUCCUCGAUGGAAAGUACAUCAAAGGGGGACCUGUUGUUGGAUUUGUUUACUGGGCUCCUGAAUAUCAUUUCUUGGUGUUCUUUAAUCGGUUGAGGCUUCAAUCUUAAGUCUCUUUCAACUUAAUGUUUGAGGUUGCUCAUUCUUGGUUCCUAUUUUCAAGUUUUGGUGAUAUUUUUGCCAAAAAUUCUCUUCCCAUACUGGGUAGUGGAGAACCACCAGAGAUUGGACCUUAUAUUCAUUUCUCACUUGUUGAUCAACUUCAUUGAUGAAUAGCAUAGAAGCGUUGACAUGGACUGCUCUUUGUGCUCUUCUAUUGCUUGGUCUCAGGGACAGAUUUUCACCAGUGACCGAGGAAGAGAAAGAACACUAAUAUCAAUGCAAUAACAUUUUCUGGUUCUCCUAGAAAGACAUUGUCUAUUAGCA